AUGGGAAAUUAUAAAUCGAGGCCGCUCACUUCUUGUUCAGACGAACUAAAAAAGAAAAUCUCUGAAGGCUACUCUGUAGUCAGAAGUCGUCUGAGUGAUGACGUCAGAUCUCGCUCUAAUCUCGGAUGGAUUGAUGUUCAAAUUGCUGCUUUUGAGAAGUCUCUAGAUGAGUUUCAACAACUUCUCAACUCUGAAAAUGCAGAUUUAAAGUCCAACCAACAUCUAUCGCUAUUCCAUAUCAUUUGUGCUGGUCACUCGGAUUCUCAACCGGAGAAACUUCAACAUUUGAUCAAGAAUUUAACUCCAGAAGCAUCAAAGACUCUUAUUUCAUCUCAAUCUGCAAAUGGAUUCACACCACUACAUAUUGCAAUAUAUAGAGGAGAUGCUUCAAUUCUUAAAGCACUAAUAAGCUCAGAGUUGGUAGACUUGGAUCAGUCAGGACGUCAUUUGCUACCUCCGUUGCACUUAGCUGCAAUGAUUGGAGAUUCUGAAAUGUUGAAAAUAUUAUUGGAAGGUGGAGCCAAUAUUCAUGUUGUCGAUUUUGUUCAUUUCACUGCAUUACAUUGUGCAACAUAUUUUGCGCAGGAGAAUGCUGUUCGCACACUACUCGCCGCUUCAGCUAAUUCUAAUCUCGGAGGAGCCGUCAAUGACCGUCCCAUUCAUCUGGCGGCUGCUAAGGGCCUCACAACAAUAACAAAACUUCUAUUGGAAGCCAAAGCAGAUCCGCUGCUAGCCGACGACGAAGGAAACCAAGCGCUCCAUUACGCUGCAAAAUCUGGAAGUCUAACUAUCCUCAGCAUGCUGAUAAAACACGUUCGCGGGAUCAAUGAUCGAAUUUGUUCUCGAAACCUCUAUGGUGACACUGCACUCCACUUGUCGUGUUACAGUGGUCGUCUGGAUAUUGUGAAGGCUAUUUUGGAGUGCUCUCCAACUAAUAUUGUGAACAUGGAGAAUGUAUUCUCAGAGACGCCUUUGCAUGCGGCUUGUACUGGAGGAAAGUCACUAGAGUUGGUCUCUUUUCUAAUGAAGUACCCCGGAGUGGACCCGAAUUAUCAGGGACAAGAUGGUCAUACAGCAUUACAUUCCGCUUGUUAUCACGGUCACCUGAGAAUUGUACAAUACCUUCUGGAGAAUGGAGCCGAUCAGUCUCUAGCGUCGAGAGCCUAUGAAGGAGGUGCUUUGAGGCAACAAGCAGGGACAGGCACCGCCCGUCCAUCGAAAGUGGCAUCUGCCAUAAUGGCACUGAACAGAAGUGACACUCCAUCAUCAAACGCGUCCUACAACUCGACAGUAUCCCUUGAUGACCAACAGACUCCUGUAAUCUGGGCGUAUGAAAGAGGUCAUGAUGCGAUAGUGGCACUUCUGAAACAUUAUGCGUCUAGGACAGUUGAAGGAGAUGUCUGUAGUGAGUAUAGCUCAGGGGAGUCUUCAUAUACUCCUCUACCUUCACCAAUGGGGAGGUUGACAAGUCUUACAAGAGAUAAGGCAGAGUUAUUGCAACUGAGAUCCGCUCUCCCGGCACCGUUUCAUCUGUGUUUGGCUGAAAUCGAAUAUCAGGAAUCUAUUGGAAGCGGGUCAUUUGGAAAAGUAUACAAAGGAACAUAUCGAGGCAAACUGGUUGCUGUGAAGAGAUACCGAGCAAUGGCGUUUGGAUGCAAGUCGGAAACAGACAUGUUGUGUAGAGAAGUAUCGAUUUUAUCAAGAUUGGCUCAUCCGAAUGUGGUAGCAUUCGUAGGCACGUCGUUGGAUGAUCCGAGUCAAUUUGCAAUUAUUACGGAAUUUGUGGAAAACGGAUCAUUGUUCCGGUUGCUACAUGAGGAGAAACGUGUCCUCGACCCAGCUUUCCGAUUACGUAUAUCAUUAGAUGUGGCACGUGGAAUGCGCUACCUGCAUGAAAGUGCAGCAAAACCGGUAAUUCACAGAGAUCUCAACAGUCAUAAUAUACUUAUCCACGCAAAUGGGCGAAGCGUGGUAGCAGACUUUGGAGAAAGUCGAUUUGUAUGUCAGCGGGAUGAUGAAAACUUGACGAAACAGCCGGGUAAUCUUCGAUGGAUGGCUCCAGAAGUAUUUUCACAGUCUGGAAAGUAUGACCGGAAAGUUGAUGUGUUCAGUUUUGCAUUGGUCAUUUGGGAGAUUCACACUGCCGAACUCCCAUUUUCUCAUCUGAAGCCUGCAGCCGCCGCGGCGGAAAUGACUUACAAACGUGGCAGGCCUACACUUCCAAACCAGCCCACCCCACAAUUUCCUGCACAUAUUUUAAGUCUGAUUCCUCAAGCGUGGCAAGCGGAGUCUAAUUUACGGCCGGAUUUUGCGGAGAUAGUCCCCCUGCUGGAACCACAUGUGGAAUCAACGCAUACGGAUAUGAAUGCGCCAUCUACAGUAUCUCAACUGAAAUCACAAUGGGAGCAGUUGAGUAUAGCACCACCUCCAACUUCAAAGUUCCCACCAAUUCUAUCAGCACUUCAUGGAAUAGCGGCGACUGGUACUGUGGAAGAAUUACGGCAAAGGAUAGAUAAUAAUGGAUAUGUUAUUAACAAAAUGUAA